UAAUCACAAUCCCCAAUCUCUAUCUCUUAUCUCUUCUCUCUCUCUCUCUCUCUCUCUCUCUCGAUAGAACCACCAAUGUCUUCUCUUUCUCUCUCCUCAAUCUCCUCCGCCUUCCUCCCACAAAGCCCAUCAAAGCCCACGAUCAAGAACCCCACGAGAAUCAAACUCCCCCCUCUCUCGGUUACGGGGAAGAGGUACAAGGGGACGGCGAUGAGGGAGGAGAUGCUGACGGAGAUGAUCGUGAAGAAGGUGGCCGAGGCCAUGGAAGUCUGCGGCGGCGAUGAAGCCAAGGGCUCCGACGGGUGCAGGGUCGCUUGGGACGAGGUCGAGGAGGUCAGCCAGGCGAAGGCCCAUCUCAGGCGGAGGAUCGCGGAGAGCGAGGCCGACCCGCUGGAGUCGUUCUGCGAGGAUAACCCCGAGACCGAUGAGUGCAGGGUCUACGAGGAUUGACGGCUUGGUCCGUUACACUAACGAUGUACCACGUGAAUGGCGAAAAAAUAUUUGAUGAUAUAAUGAUUUUGUAUGGCGUAAGAAAGUGUGUUGCUUUAAUGGGUGACUAGUUCUUGCUUUUUUUUUUUUUUUU